CUUAUCCACCCUUAUUGAAGGGUCUUGGACACUCCCUUAAGCCCCUCAUUCGAACUCCCAAGGAUAAGGGAGAAAGAGAGAGCCACACAACCAAGAAAGCAAGAGGAAGGGGAAGCUGCCGCAGGUUCGUUUUCCAGUGCGUAAGGUUACUUGUUUGCUUCAUAUCUCGAGUUAUACACAUCCAAAUAAGGCGUGCGAGAUACCCACAGAAAGCUCUCAAGACGAGGAAUCCGUGAAGGUCUGGUUUGCAUCAAUCGGAGUAGUGGAAGGCUUUCAAAUCGUCCGAGCAAAACACAACCUCGCGGAAUACGUUUUUGUAUUCAAAGUUAGGGAACGAUUUCGUCGGGAAACACCCGUUCUAGGGACUGUUUUUGUGUCUUCGGUUAGGAGUUGAACUAGCACUUUGAAGAGGCUGUUUAACACUCAAUUCCAAGCAAGGAAUCAGUCCUCAAUCUUUCUUGGCCGAGGCUUUGGUCAUUGGAUCGAGAAGGAAAGUUUUAAAGCUCAUUUGAGGUGAGGAUGACCGACUAUAUUGUUUAUAAUCUUUGGGUUAAUUUCAUAAGAUUACCUAAAGUAAUUAAAUGUGAUUUUCAUAGGUUAUUAAUGAUUAGUAAUGCCUAAAUGGAAAUAUUAUUGUUUGUGAAUAGAAGAUGCAUAACAUACAAGUUUACGAGAAAAUUGUGUAUGAUGAUGCGUUACAAAUAUGAUGGUAUAAUGAUUGUACAAACCAUGAAUUUAUGUGAUAAAAUAUACUUUUACUUCAUGUAUAGAAAUCAUGAAUGGAUAAAAGUGAUAUUUUUACAUUGAGAUUAAAUCAUACACGGAGUGGAAAAUCCGUAGGAAUGAGCCUUAUAACAAUGAAUUAAAGAUCUUGGUUGUUUAAAGACUAAUGGAUUAGUAUUGAAUUCACUAGUCGGGAAUGUUAGUGUAAAAAGUGAUAGAACAAAUCCUAAGGGCUUGGAUUGUGAAGGAUGCACCUUAAGUAAUCUUAUGAGAUGUCUUAAGGUAGGAAUGGGUAACCGCUAAAUUACAUUAGGAGUAGGCCUCAUAGGCUACUCAAGAUAGAGAAAACCUAGGCAUAGAAUUUGCUUAGUGAGUAGUAUCGCGACUAGAGGAAGCCUCUAGCACGAUGAGGAAUGACUGGAGGAAGCCUCCAGCAUUCGUGUAGGACGACUAGAGGAAGCCUCUAGCGUAGUGUAAGAUGACUAGAGGAAGCCUCUAGCAUAAUGUAAUGUGACUGGAGGAAGCCUCCAGCACAAAGUAUGUAAGGUGAUUAGAGGAAGCCUCUAACACCGAAUGUAGUGACUAGAGUCAGCCUCUAGCACGACAAAACAUGACUAGAGGAAGCCUCUAGCAUGGUAAACUGAUAUAGAUGGGUGUGGCUUGAAGUCACGGGGGAAAGGUUAAAUGCCUUCAAAGUAAACAUGAGCCUUCGGCCGAUUACUUGACUUUAUAUAUAAAGUAAGUAUAUUUGUAAAGAGGGUAACCACGAGUUAUGACCUAUAUUGUAAUAUCACCCUAUUUGAGGGUCUUGGAAAUUGAAACGUUGAUUAUACUUAGUAUAGUUGUCAUUGUACUUGUCAAAUGCUUCCAAGUACUGACCUCCCCUUCACGGGGGAGGCCACCUCACAGUUUCAGGUAGGACUUGAAGGUUGCUACCACGCCCGUUGUUUCGGGAAGAUCAAAGGAGGAGGACGUGGUUCGUGCUUCUUCCGUUUCUGUUUUAAACAAUUUCAAUAAUGCUCAUGGAAAUUAUUUUGAAUACUAUUUGGGGGCUUGUAUGCCCAUGUUUGCCACGUGUGGCUUGAAUACGUGUAUUAAUGUUUCCGCUGCUUUAAAGGAAUAUUUUACAUUAUGUUUGUUUAUGGAUGUACUAUGUGUGAAUGGUAUUCAAGACGCCUAGUAUAGUAUGGAUGAGUUGGACUGCGGUUGACUAUUCGUACUGUACGGCGGGUUGUUGACGUGUCCGGUAGGUCCGGGGCGUGACAAUUUAAUUGGUAUCAGAGCCUUAGUCCGUAAACUUCAUAAUGAAGCUUCAAAAUCUCUUUUUGAAAAACGAAUUUGAAAACCAUGAGCAUAAAAGUUUUGUACUUAUAGAACUUUUGGUACUUGAGUUGCAAAGUCUCUAAUUGUUAAGAUGGUACCCUUAACAAUUGGUAUGACGGUGAUUUGAGCCGAAAGGUGUCUUUAAGUACCUAUCCGUCACUUGACACUUGAUACGAGCCUAAUGGCUCAUUCUAAACUUCUUUCAGAAAUGGAACGCACCGGUAGAGUGACUCGACGGAACCCGACUGGCCAGGUGCUGGGAGGAUCCCAACGUGGCAGUCAGGGGGGAUCAAGAGAGUCUGGGGGACAGGGCCGAGCAAGCCACUCGCUGACCGUGAGUGACGGUCACGUGGAAACAAUAGAUGAGCACUAUGAGUCCGAGGAGGAUUCAACUUACCAACCGGGAACUGAGCCGGUUGACACCCCAUAUGAUGGGGAACACGAUGAUGCUAGUGAUGAGAGUGAUGAUAAUGACGCUCUUGAACGGAUUGAGGAAUUGCUCCGGCAAUACCAACAAGAUCGCCAAAGGCGCCGGGCAAGGCGUGCUUUGGAAGGGGCUUCGAGGAGAGGAAGCCGCGCGACUCCUAGGGAGAGCAUUGAACUCCGAGGAGGUCGAGGUGCCGAGGUUCCUAUCAUAAGGAUCUCAAAGUACCUAAAGGAGGCAAGAGACUUGGGAUGUAAACCGUUUGAUGGAACGGGAGACAUCUCCGUGGCGGCCGAGUGGAUCAAGAGAUUCAAUGAAGCGGCCCUUGAUAUGCAGCUGCCACCCCAUAUGAAGAUGAGAGUGGCAACAAGAUUGCUAGAAGGAAUGGCGUCCACGUGGUGGGACGGUGUCAAAGGGAAGUACGGUGAGGCGGUCACUUGGGAGAACUUCAGGCAAGAAUUCUUUAGCCAAUACUACUCCGACUUCGAGGUGAACUUGAAGAGGAGGGAGUACACGAAUUUGACCCAAGGAGGGGAAUGCACGGUGAAGGAACUUGAACACAAGUUCAGAAAGCUUGCUGAGUUCAUACCGGAGUACAUUUGUGAUGAAAAUCGGAUGGUGAACCAUUUCUGGGAUGCCUUGGACCUUGACAUACGUGAGAGGGCAACACAAUUGCCUAAUAUGACAUUUAGUCAAGUGGUGGAACAAGGUUUAAAGGGAGAGAAGGAGUGGGAAGAGAGGAAGCGAAGAAAUGCCGAGGAGGCAAAGAAAAGAAAAUGGGAGAACCAUGGCCCCCAAGGUUCAAACAAGAAGAUGAAUCACGGGGGAGGAGGAUCCUUCAGGGCACCCGCACCACCAUCAAGGGGGAAUCCCAACAUGGGUGGGCAAAACUCGGGGUUACAAGCCUCGACGAAGCCUAAGUGCAGGAAUUGCAAGAGAAAUCACGAGGGCAAAUGUCGUGAUCCCCCACGGUGCUACCAAUGCGGAGAUACGGGGCACAUAAGGCCUAAUUGCCCUCAACUUGGUGGGAACCGGUCAUCAGGACCAAACGUGGCAACCACGGUGAGUAGAAACCGGGGUGGGGCACCCAAUGCAAGCACGAACCACGGCGGGGCAAGUACAAGCAACGCACCCUCCGUGAACCAAGGAAGGACUCAAGCGAGAGUGUACGCAAUGACCGAGGUCGAUGCUCGGGCUAAUCCCGACUCCGUCGCAGGUAAUACACUUAUUCUGGUCAUUUCUAGGCUUACUUUGAUCAUAUACGUCGUUGGGAUUGAGUACGGGCCACCCCGGGGUCAAACCGGGUGAGUUAGGCCUAAUCGGGCUGGAAACAGCCACUGCUGGCCAGGCACGCCCGCAGGCACGCCGUGCCUGGCAUCGUGCCUGGAAGGCAGUGGCACCCGAAGAAAAGUAGAAAAAAAAAAAAAAAAAAUUUUGGGCCAGGCACGGCCGCAGGCACGCCGUGCCUGGCGUCGUGCCUGGAAGGCAGUGGCGCCCCGAAGAAAAUUUGGCCAGGCACGGCCGCAGGCACGCCGUGCCUGGCACCGUGCCUGGGAGGCAGUGGCUGGCAGGGAGAAUCCUGUGCACGCACGGACGUGCGUGCCACCCAGGCACGCCGUGCGUGGACCCCCGGCAACCGAAAACUCAUUUUUUCGCUCCGUUC